CUUCAAAGCUGGUCUGCUGGGUACCCUUGAGGAGAUGCGAGAUGAGAAAUUGGCAACUCUGGUGACAAUGACUCAGGCUCUCUGCCGUGGAUAUCUGAUGAGGAGAGAGUUUGUCAAGAUGAUGGAGAGGAGAGAAUCCAUCUACACUAUCCAGUACAAUAUUCGCUCAUUCAUGAAUGUGAAACACUGGCCAUGGAUGAAGGUGUACUUCAGGAUCAAGCCUCUUCUAAAGAGUGCUGAAACUGAGAAAGAACUUGCUAACAUGAAAGAGAACUAUGACAAAAUGAAGUCAGAUCUGGAAAAAGCCCUUUUGAGGAAGAAAGAGCUUGAGGAGAAGAUGGUUUCUCUGCUGCAAGAAAAGAAUGAUUUGCAGUUAGCAGUAGCUUCUGAAACUGAAAGCCUAUCAGAUGCUGAGGAGAGAUGUGAGGGUCUCAUUAAGAGCAAAAUCCAGCUGGAGGCCAAACACAAAGAGACGACCGAGAGGCUGGAGGAUGAGGAGGAGAUCAACGCUGAGUUGACUGCCAAGAAGAGGAAACUGGAGGAUGAGUGCUCUGAGCUGAAGAAAGACAUUGAUGACUUGGAGCUCACCCUGGCUAAAGUGGAGAAGGAGAAACAUGCUACAGAAAAUAAGGUUAAAAACCUGACAGAGGAGAUGGCAUCUCAAGAUGUAGCCAUUGCUAAAUUAACCAAGGAAAAGAAAGCCCUCCAAGAGGCACACCAGCAGACUCUGGAUGAUCUCCAAGCAGAGGAAGACAAAGUCAACACUCUGACCAAAGCAAAGACCAAACUUGAACAACAAGUGGAUGAUCUGGAGGGUUCCUUGGAGCAAGAGAAGAAGCUUCGAAUGGAUCUUGAAAGAGCCAAGAGAAAGUUUGAGGGCGACCUGAAACUGGCCCAGGAAUCCAUAAUGGAUCUGGAAAAUGACAAGCAGCAAUCUGAAGAGAAAAUCAAGAAGAAAGACUUUGAAAUAAGUCAACUGCUGAGCAAGAUUGAGGAUGAGCAGUCAGUUGGAGCUCAAUUCCAGAAGAAGAUCAAAGAACUUCAGGCUCGAAUUGAGGAGCUUGAAGAAGAGAUUGAAGCUGAGCAUGCAGCUCGGGCUAAAGUUGAGAAGCAGAGAGCUGAUCUCUCCAGGGAACUUGAGGAGAUCAGUGAGAGGCUUGAGGAGGCUGGUGGGGCCACUGCUGCUCAGAUUGAGAUGAACAAGAAGCGGGAGGCAGAGUUCCAGAAGCUGCGUCGUGAUCUUGAAGAGUCCACCCUGCAGCAUGAAGCUACUGCUGCUGCUCUCCAUAAGAAAAAACAGGCCGACAGCCUUGGUGAACUGGGUGAGCAGAUCGACAACCUGCAGCGUGUCAAGCAGAAGCUGGAGAAGGAGAAGAGUGAAUACAAAAUGGAGAUCGAUGACCUCUCCAGUAACAUGGAGGCUGUUGCAAAGUCAAAGUCUAACCUCGAAAAGAUGUGUCGCACACUUGAGGACCAAUUGAGUGAACUGAAGUCAAAGAACGAUGAAAAUGUCCGUCAGUUAAAUGACAUAAGUGGACAAAAGGCCAGGCUUACAACUGAGAAUGGUGAAUUUUGCCGACAACUUGAGGAGAAAGAAGCUCUUGUUUCUCAGCUGACCAGGGGCAAGCAAGCUUACACCCAACAGAUUGAAGAGCUGAAGAGGCAAAUUGAGGAGGAAGUCAAGGCCAAGAACGCCCUGGCUCAUGCUGUCCAAUCAGCCCGUCAUGACUGUGACCUGCUCAGAGAACAGUUUGAGGAGGAGCAGGAGGCCAAGGCUGAGCUGCAGCGUGGAAUGUCCAAGGCCAACAGCGAGGUGGCUCAGUGGAGGACCAAAUAUGAAACUGAUGCCAUCCAGCGCACUGAGGAGCUGGAGGAGUCUAAGAAAAAGCUUGCCCAGCGUCUCCAAGAUGCUGAAGAAUCCAUAGAGGCUGUGAACUCCAAAUGUGCCUCUCUGGAGAAGACCAAGCAGAGACUCCAGGGUGAAGUGGAGGACCUCAUGAUUGAUGUUGAGAGGUCUAAUGCACUGGCUGCUAACCUUGACAAGAAACAAAGGAACUUUGACAAGAUCCUGGCAGAAUGGAAGCAGAAGUAUGAGGAGGGCCAGGCUGAGCUGGAAGGUGCUCUGAAAGAGGCUCGCUCUCUCAGCACUGAGCUCUUCAAGAUGAAGAACUCCUAUGAAGAGACUCUGGAUCACCUGGAGACCCUGAAGAGGGAGAACAAGAACCUACAACAGGAGAUCUCUGACCUGACAGAGCAGCUUGGAGAGACUGGCAAGAACAUUCAUGAGCUGGAGAAGGCUAAGAAGACAGUGGAGACUGAGAAAACAGAAAUCCAGACUGCCUUAGAAGAGGCAGAGGGUACACUUGAGCAUGAGGAGUCCAAGAUUCUUCGUGUCCAACUGGAGCUUAACCAGGUUAAGGGUGAAAUUGACAGGAAGCUGGCAGAGAAGGAUGAGGAGAUGGAGCAGAUCAAGAGGAACAGCCAGAGGGUGAUUGAGUCCAUGCAGAGCACUCUAGACUCUGAGGUCAGGAGCAGGAAUGAUGCCUUGAGAAUUAAGAAGAAGAUGGAGGGAGACCUCAAUGAGAUGGAGAUUCAGCUGAGCCAUGCCAAUCGCCAGGCAGCUGAAUCUCAGAAGCAGCUCAGGACUGUCCAGGGACAGCUCAAGGAUGCCCAACUGCACCUUGAUGAUGCUGUCAGGGGACAGGAAGACAUGAAGGAGCAGGUCGCCAUGGUGGAGCGCAGGAACAACUUGAUGUUGGCCGAAAUUGAGGAGCUGAGAGCUGCCCUGGAGCAGGCAGAUAGAGGCCGCAAAGUGGCUGAGCAGGAGCUGGUGGAUGCCAGUGAACGUGUUGGACUGCUGCAUUCACAGAACACCAGUCUCAUCAACACCAAGAAGAAGCUGGAGGCUGACCUUGUUCAAGUCCAGGGAGAAGUGGAUGAUACAAUCCAGGAGGCCAGAAAUGCAGAGGAGAAGGCCAAGAAGGCCAUCACUGAUGCUGCCAUGAUGGCUGAGGAACUGAAGAAGGAGCAGGACACCAGUUCUCACCUGGAGAGGAUGAAGAAGAACCUGGAGGUCACAGUCAAGGACCUGCAGCACCGUCUGGAUGAAGCUGAGAACCUGGCCAUGAAGGGUGGCAAGAAACAGCUCCAGAAACUGGAGUCAAGGGUGCGUGAGCUGGAGUCUGAGGUUGAGGCUGAACAGAGACAUGGAGCUGAUGCCGUGAAAGGUGUCCGCAAAUAUGAAAGGAGAGUCAAGGAGCUCACCUACCAGACUGAGGAGGACAAGAAGAAUGUCACUAGACUGCAGGAUCUGGUGGACAAGCUGCAGCUGAAAGUGAAGGCCUACAAGAGACAUGCUGAGGAGGCUGAGGAGCAGGCCAACACUCACCUGUCCAAGUACAGGAAGGUGCAGCAUGAGCUUGAGGAGGCUCAGGAACGUGCUGACAUCGCUGAGUCCCAGGUCAACAAGCUGAGGGCCAAGAGCCGUGAUGCUGGAAAGGGUAAGGACCAUGAGGAAUAACAAGAAAUGUCCUUCCAACAGAGGAAUCAUAAAGUAUGAAUUCCCCAAUAAAGUAAAUGAUUUUUAAAAAUA